UCACAUAUUCUCCAGCACUUAAGAGGAGAGCUCCAGGGGUUGCACACAGUGGUGAGCACCCCCCCCCUCUCUCUCUCUCUUUCUUUCCCCCUCUCAUUCUCUCUCACUCACCUACAUCUCUCCCACAAUCCCUUGGGCUGACCCGGACCCUCUGAUCUACUGUGAAGAUGCUGGUGGGUCUGAGCGGGGCCAUGCAGCUCCGGAGCAUGACCCGGGCCAGGGUCAUCCUGCAGAAGCGCAGGUCCAGCAUCUACAGCAAGCCCCCCAAGAACAAGAUUGGACCUGGGCAAAGUUUCUUCAUCAUGUCUGUUUUUGCCUUUGCUCUCCUGGCUCCGGCUGGGUGGAUUCUGCACCACCUCCCUGAGUACCGGCAGAGGCCUGAACCCCCACCGUCCUGAAGAACAUCAGCCACCAGCCAGCUGCUACACACUAUAGACCACACUGGCUGCCUCUAAAGCAUUAUUCACCUCUUUAAAAGACUACAUCAAAUAAUGAAACACAUGAUUAACACAACAUCCCAUAUCGUGAGAGAGAAAGCAUUACUAUGAAACUGUGAAUAUGAGAGGAACUCCCAGUUUCUUUAUUUGAUUGCAAGUGUGUAUUCAAUGGUGUUUAAUGCCUUAGAACUGUGGCCCCUAUUGCUGUUGCAGUGGAUGUUUGCAAUGGCACUUACUUUGUGUUAAAC